AUGGAACAACAGCAGAAGCCUGCCUCGGGAGGCGUGCCCGGAUCAGCCGGCCGACGACUUCACAUCGCUCAUCGACGAAGCCCCUCGGAGCUCACUCCGCUCAUGAGCAUGUUCUCCAAUACGAACAUGGAUCAACUUGCUAUUCAGCAGCAGAUCGAGCUCCUGCAGCAGCAACAACAGCAGAUUCAGGCGACUCACCAGCAAUAUGUUAAUAUGGGCAUGCUUCCCCCUACUCAAAGCCUCGGGUCAGGAGGCGCUUUCAAUCAUUUGCAGCCCUCGAUGGCGAAUAUCUCUCCUCAAGCAGGCUUUCAAUUUCCAACCCAACUACCACAGCAAAACGUUGCUAUGACGUUGCCUUCCCAACCUCUCGCGCAUCGCCGUAACCAAUCCGCUCUUCCGAACAUGGGCGUCGGACCCCCUCCCGCUCCAUCCUCGGGAGCUUCUGGAUCUGCUUUCGGCAACUUCGAAAAUUCUACAAACUAUAACCGAGAGGGCGGUAGCAACCGUGGUGGCCGUGGUGGAGGUGGGCCUGGCGGUGGUCAUCAACGGCGACAUUCCCUAGCUUUGGCUGACGCAAAGAAGGCAGCUGAGAUCGCCCAACAGAAGCGUACAACUUCUGGAUUCCAAUUUCCUGCUCCAGGCAUAACAAAUACUUCAACGGUUGAUAAAUCUGAGGACGAUGCCAAGACUGUUCCUGCCGCUUCUGCCAUCAUUGCACCUUCCCCGAAUCCUGAAAGCCAAUCUAAUACAGUCAACACAAUUUCCGGUCGCGGACGUGGGUCCGGACACGGCCGGAGUCAGAGUAUGGCUGUUGGACGAGGUGCUGGGAUGGGUCGAGGUGGCAUGGGGAGUUUCACAGCCGAUCCAGCUCAAGGCGUGAGCCACGAUUUUCAGCGUCGUAGCGGAAGCCACGCGCGGACUUCUUCUCGCAAUUUCGAUGGGAACUGGCGAAACCAAAGCCAAGGGCAGGAUAAUAUUGGUAUAACCCAACAGCAGCAACAGCAACAGCAACAGCAGCAGCAACAGCAACAGCAACAGCAACAGCAACAGCAACAGCAACAGCAACAGCAACAGCAACAGCAACAGCAACAGCAACAGCAACAGCAACAGCAACAACAGCAGCAGCAGCAGCAGCAGCAGCAACAACAGCAACAAGGGGGGUUCCAGCCGGGUCAUCGGUCCCGCGGCUCGAUGAGCGGCCAAUCAAUUGGUUCCAUUGGCGCCUUUCAGUAUGCUUCCCAACCUCAACUGAUGCAUCUGCCUGGCCAGAUGGUGAUUCCAGGCGUCUAUCCCGGACAGCAGCUUAGUGCCGUGCAAAUAAAUCAACUACAGGCCCUGCAAGCUGCCCAGAUGGGCAAUCAAGGAUUUGUUGGCCUCCAGGGAAGCCAACAUGCGGCACAACUACCGCCUCAGCAACAACAGCAGCAGCAGCAACGGAAGACACUCUUUACUCCAUAUUUGCCGCAAGCCACACUGCCUGCCCUUCUCGGAGAUGGCCAGCUGGUAUCUGGCAUUCUCCGGGUGAACAAGAAGAACCGGAGUGAUGCGUAUGUCACGACACAGGAUGGUCUUCUUGAUGCCGACAUUUUCAUCUGUGGAAGCAAAGACCGCAACCGAGCUUUGGAGGGUGAUUUGGUAGCGAUCGAGCUAUUGGAUGUGGACGAAGUCUGGUCUCAGAAACGUGAGAAAGAGGAGAAAAAGAAACGCAAGGACAUCACCGACACUCGCUCUAACUCUGGAAAUGCGCCUGGUCAGGGAAAUGGGAACAGCGAUGACAACAUUAAUGCCGAGAGUGGCAUCCGUCGCCGUGGCAGUCUUCGACAGCGUCCCACUCAGAAGAAAAACGACGACGUGGAAGUCGAGGGCCAGAGCUUACUUCUUGUUGAAGAAGAGGAGAUCAAUGAUGAACAGAAACCACUAUACGCUGGGCAUGUGGUGGCCGUUGUCGAACGUGUGGCUGGACAGAUGUUCUCCGGCACUCUUGGGCUUUUACGACCCAGCAGCCAAGCUACUAAAGAAAAGCAAGAAGCAGAACGGGCUGCGAGAGAUGGGAAUGGCUCUGGGCGCCACCAUGACGGCCGGCACCAGGACAAGCCGAAGAUUGUGUGGUUUAAGCCAACAGAUAAGCGCGUUCCGCUUAUUGCUAUUCCAACAGAGCAAGCCCCUCGUGAUUUUGUUGAGAAGCAUCAGGAGUAUGCGGACCGCAUUUUUGUGGCGUGCAUCAAGCGCUGGCCGAUUACAUCACUGCAUCCCUUUGGUACGCUGGUGGAGCAGCUCGGCCGAAUGGGUGACCUCAAAGUCGAGACCGAUGCGCUUUUACGGGACAACAACUUCGCGUCGGAUGAGUUCUCUGAUGCAGUUCUCCGCAACGUCACGCCCCAGGACUGGUCCAUCACGAAGGAAGAAGACGUUGCUAUCAAAUCACGGCGUGAUUUUAGGGAUGAAAAGGCGUUCACUAUUGAUCUGAACGGUUCUGCAGAAUUGGGAAAUGCGGUGCAUGUGACCUCUGGACCGGACGGGAAAGUCGAAAUCGGUAUACACGUCCCAGAUGUUGCCCAUUUCGUCAAGCCAAAUACUUUGGUCGAUAGGGAAGCCAAGAAGCGUGGAACUGCGGUUCAUCUCUUGAAUCGGACCUGCGCCCUACUUCCACCGAAGUUGUCAGCUGGAUUCUGUUCACUCACCCCUGGCGAGGACCGCCUUACCGUCAGCGUUGUCUUUCAGAUCAACCCACACAAUGUAACUGUUGCCGAAGGGGAUAUUUGGGUCGGGAAGAGCAUUGUGAAAAGCCACGGGAGAGUGACUCUGGACCAUAUCAACGAUGCCUUGGCGCAUGGGCAAGACUUCAAGCAUGAUACCGUCUCUGCCAAAGAUGUCCAGAUUUUAAACUUUGUCACGCAAAAGUUUCGCGAGGCCCGUCUCGGUGCUGGAAGUGAACCCAUUGCACCUCUUAGGCUGUUUCAGCAACUAGAUGAUGAGAACAUUCCCAUCGAGCAUAAUAUUUUCGAUACUACAACGGCUGUGGAGAUUGUCGAAGAGCUCAUGCACAAGGCCAAUGCUACCAUUGCGCAACGGCUAGUUCAGGCUUUGCCGGAUAAAGCAGUGCUUCGCAGACAAGCAGCACCAAGUCCACGCCGCCUACAAACAAUUGUGGAGCGAAUGACUGCUCUAGGCUACGAGAUCGACUCGACUAGCAGUGGUACACUUCAAAACAGCCUCUUCAAGGUCGAAGAUUCUGAUAUUCGGAAGGGUAUGGAGACGCUGCUUCUGAAAGCGAUGCAGCGGGCGAAGUACUACGUUUCUGGCAAGACUGCAAAACAUCUCUGGCCCCAUUAUGCCCUCAAUUUGCCGCUCUAUACUCACUUCACAAGCCCUACGCGUAGAUACGCCGAUGUCCUUGUGCACCGCCAACUGGAUUCCAUCCUUUCUGAUGGAAAGGUUGAGUACGCGGAGGAUCUUGAGAACUUGGUCAAGACGAUUGAGGCUUGCAACACGAAGAAAGACUCUGCUCAAAACGCUCAGGAUCAAAGCGUGCACAUUGAAUCCUGCCGCAAGAUGGACAAGAAGCGCCUUGAGACUAACGGAGACCUCAUCAGCGAGGGUGUUGUUGUCUGCGUUUACGAGUCUGCUUUCGACGUUCUUAUUCCAGAGUGGGGCUUCGAGAAGCGGGUGCACUGCGACCAGUUGCCCCUCAAGAAAGCCGAGUUCCGGAAAGAUAAACGUGUUUUGGAACUGUAUUGGGAAAAGGGCGUUCCCAGCUCGGCGUAUGUACCAGAAGACGAGCGGCCCAAAGCGGCUGCAUCUCUUCGCGUCUCAAAUGCGGCUGCAGCCGCAAGACAGCACGAGGAGGCUGAGCGUGUGCGAAAGGAGCGCGAGGAGGCUGCGCGCAAGCAAAUCGACACUGGCACGAUCUCAACUGACGAUGCAGAUGCUUUGUUUGAUGACGACGACGACAACGGCUCUGACAUCACAGAAGCAAUGGCAGGCGCUUCUUUGGCAGAAAGGCCGACGCAGAGCGUGCCAGGUUCGCCGUCUCGGCUCGAGGCUGCUGUGGACGCAACUGCUUUGCAUCGGGCACGGUCAGACUCAAAGGUGCCUGCUGCAGAGACGCCAGAGGCUCGCCUGACCAACAGGGAGAAAUAUUUGAAGAUGUUCAAGCUUCGUGAGGAGGGCGGCGAGUAUAUUCAAGAUGUGACGGAGAUGACACGUGUGCCGGUUAUUCUGAAAACGGAUCUGAGCAAGAGCCCCCCGUGUUUGACUAUCCGGUCGCUGAACCCGUUCGCUCUGUAG